CCACCUUGUAGCGAAUAAAAUCCUUUUUUGUAUCCCAAUACACUCCGAGUACUUUUUCAUAUGAUUCCUCAAAUUUUCCUAAUAAGUCUUCUUUAACUUCCGUUCUAUUUUCUUCCGGGAUUUGUCCCAAUAGCUCAUUACUGUUGGAUAUAAAAUUUCUGAUAUUGAAGUGCCCAUAUUUGUGAAUGGUAAUAACUUCGUUCACAAUUUUUGAGGCAUUUUCUAAAUCGUCGAAACUAUCUAGGUAGUCAUCCACGUAAUGGUUGUUUUGAAUGGCCUCUACUGCCUGAAGAUGACUUUCUCUGAAUUUCUCAGCAUUUGUGUUUUUAACAAACUGUGCGCAUGCGGGCGAGCAGGUAGCUCCAAAGGUCAUCACUUGCAUCACAUACACGUCGGGAUCUUCGUCAAAGUUUUCCCUAAAUAAAAACCUUUGGGCAUUUUGAUCUUCCUUUCUUAUUUUAACUUGAUGAAACAUUUCUUUGAUGUCUCCAGUUAUCGCAAAUUUUCCUUCUCUAAAUCGUAUUAACACUCCAAAUAGCGACGUCGUUGCAUCCGGGCCUUGUAAUAAAUUCGUGUUUAGGGACUCUCCCUUAACCUUAGCAGCGGCAUCAAAAACAAGCCGUGGCUUUAUGGGCUGUUUAUUUAGGUUCACAACUGUAAAGUGCGAAAUCAUACUACAGAAAAAAUGGAAAAAUAUAAGGGAUUCGUUCAUAAAGUACUUGCAGGGAAAUAAAAGAAAAUCUGAAAGCGGAGGAAGUCUUUCAAAAACCUACAUGUAUUCUCAGUAUUUGCAAUUUUUAAGAGACCCGGUUGAUCCGCGAGAAACAAAUAAUAUGCAGCAAGAAUCACGAGAAACAAAUAAUAUGCGGCAAGGACCACGCGGAGAGCAGUCAGAUUCCGAGCACACUAGUACCUCGUCAGAUUCAACGCCACCACAAAGAGCUCUCUCUCGAACUGACAGAAUAAGAUUAAAUUCUGUCGAAGAAAGAAUCAUACAAACAUUGAACAGACUGGAACAGAAAAACACGGCGGAGAACGAUGAAAAUCGUCUUUUUGUGCUGUCAUUGGUACCAACUAUGUCGUCAUUACCAAGGACUUUAAAUCUCAAUUGCAGAAUUGAAAUUAUGCAAAUAAUAAACAAAUACGAACAGCUCGCAGUAGCGCAAGAUAACAACGAGCCAACCUGUUCAUCAACGGUCUACCAACCGGUCGCCCACUCACAAAACAAGCAACAUCGUACAGCUUGUCGAAGAUCGCAACCAUUGAAUACUACAACGAUCCUGUUAAACUGCCAUCAACCAGACGAAUCCACGUCUCCAUCAGACUCUUUACCUUCCAUGUACAAUUUCUCGGAAAAUUAAUGUAGAUUCAUGUUAUAUGAUAAUAAAUAUUUCCCAAUUAUAA